UCUUUUAGCGGAUUAACUUUCCCCUACAAAAUAGGGUGAAUAACGCUGAGAGGAGCGUAGAAGAACUUAUCGUCUUUGAAGCUUCGACGCAGCAAUGGCGGCAGCUUCGCUGGUUGCUCUAUUCCAAUUUCCAGCCGAAUUUAUCUUACCCCGCGCAAGAAGAGCGCCCACCAGGCCACAAGCUGUUCUCAACAACAAGACCGACAUCCAGCAACGAAUGCUGGUCCCUUACGAACUGCAGCGAGGACAGAGCCGGGUUUUCCACCAGCUCCCUUCCGGACUCAACUUGGAGGUGAUUGAGCAAAAAAGGAGCUUCGGAACAGAUGAUAAUGACAGCAAUGGAGCUCAAAUCGAAAACCCACCUCUGGUAUUUGUUCACGGAAGCUACCACGCAGCCUGGUGCUGGGCUGAGCAUUGGUUGCCCUUCUUUGCAUCAUCUGGCUUCGACUGCUACGCCCUUAGCCUCCUGGGUCAGGGCGAGAGUGAUGCACCUGGUGGGUCUGUUGCCGGUACUCUGCAGACACACGCCGGUGAUGUAGCUGACUUCAUCCAGAAAAAUAUCAAGGUGCCACCAGUCAUUCUUGGGCAUUCAUUCGGUGGCCUAAUUAUUCAGUACUACCUUGCUAAUACCAGGAUUGGAAAAUCUUCAGAUACGAAGCAGUUGUAUCCUCAACUUGCUGGGGCGGUCCUCAUAUGCUCUGUGCCGCCUUCUGGUAAUAGUGGGUUGGUAUGGCGGUAUCUCUUUUCCAAACCUCUUGCCGCUUUUAAGGUGACCCGCAGCUUAGCAGCUAAAGCUUUUCAAACUGAUCUUUCUCUUUGUAAGGAGACAUUUUUCUCACCAAUGAUGGAAGACAACAUAGUGAAACGAUACCAAGAGCUACUGAAGGAAAGUUCACAGAUGCCACUGUUUGAUCUGAGGAAGUUAAACGCGUCACUCCCUGUUCCUGCACCCCCAGAAAAGUCUUCUUCUGCAAAUGUCCUUGUCUUGGGUGCUAGUGGUGACUUCAUAGUGGAUGGUCAAGGACUCAAUGAAACAGCAAGCUUCUAUGGCGUGUCACCAGCCCGAGUCGAAGGUGUUGCCCAUGAUAUGAUGUUGGAUUGCGAAUGGGACAAAGGUGCCAGAGUUAUUCUAUCAUGGUUAAAUGCGCGAAACUGAAGGCUGAAGCCAUCGACUCCUGCUGAAUGCCAAUGACUUCCAAAUGGAACUUCCUUCUUCCCAGGCUGAUAGCUAGAGCUUUUUUUUCUUUUUCUUUCUAUUGUAUUGUAUUGUAUUGUAUUGUAUUGUAUUGUAUUGUAUUGUAGUGUAGUGUAUUGUAUUGGGACGUUUUCCCCAUGAAAGGUUGCUUAUUUGGGUAAAAGAGGAAAAGCGACCUGGAAUGAAUUAUCAUAUUACAAUGAGCUGAUUUGCGUCUGAACUUGUACCAACCAACUAGACCUUUUCUUUAACAUUGAC